UUCUUUAUCCAAAUCCCAUCUCAUACCCCCGUUUUCUUUAUCUCUCGCCCUCAGGAUGGACCACCUGGCCACGCCCCAGAGGUACCCGGAUGAACUGUACCACAACAUGACGUGGGAGGCUUACCGUCAGCCGGAGGACGAGUCGGAGAUAGCGAAGAUGUCCCGAGGAGUAGCCACAUCGAUCGCGGUCCUGUUCAUCGGCUACAUGAUCCUGGGCCUCACGGGGAACUUCCUGACGAUCCUUGCCCUCCUGCGGUGCCCUCGGGUUCGGAACGUCACGGCAGCUUUCAUCAUCAGCCUGUGCGUGGCGGAUUUCUUGUUCUGCGUGCUGGUCCUGCCGUGGGAGGUGUCGCGGUUCCUGGCCGGGAAGUGGAUUUGGGGCGACGGCUGGAUCUGCACGCUGUUCCCGCUGCUCAGAUACUGGAAUGUGGCCGUGUCUCUGCUCUCGAUCGCUAUGAUUACCAUUAACAGGUACAUAAUGAUAGCCCACUUUAGCGUCUAUAAGUCCGUGUACAGGAAAGGUUGGAUCGCCCUUAUGAUCGCCUUCUGCUGGGUCUUCGCCUUCGUCAUGCUGCUGCCGACGCUCCUGAAGAAGUGGGGGAGGUUCGGCUUCGACGCCCGCCUGCAGACGUGUUCGAUCCUGGACGACAACAAUAAAUCCCCGAAGCAGGUGUUGUUUGGGAUCGGAUUCUGCGUUCCGGCCAUCAUCAUCGUCAUCUGUUACUCGCUUAUAUUCUUCGUUAUUCACAAAUCCGAGAUGAGGAUGCGGCACCACAGCACCCGCGGCAUGAACGGGGCGCACUCGGGGCCUCCUCUCCAGAGUCAAGUCAGAGGCACGGGAAAGAUGGAACGCGAAGCCCGGAGGAGAAGGAACGAAUGGAGAAUUACGAAGAUGGUGCUUAUCAUCUUUAUCGCUUUCCUGGUGACGUACCUGCCCAUUACCCUUGUCAAGAAUUUGGAUAAGAAGGUGAACUAUCCAGGUCUUCACGUCCUCGGCUACGUCCUUAUCUACAUUUCGUCUUGUAUCAACCCGGUCAUCUACGUCAUCAUGAACAGGCAGUACAGACAAGCUUACAAGACCGUCCUCCUGUGCAAGCGUCCUCGGCUGCCGUCGCUUACGUCAUCGCAUUCAGAGUUGCCCAAAGGGUCGGCGAGUCGCAGGUUUGCCUCAUCAAGGUGCAGUAGUUGCAUGUCUCAGGGCUCGCUCGGGGGCAGCGCGAGGGUGACGCCCCCCCAGCAUGACCUCGGCCGCCCUCGCCCGCUGUCCUUGCAUGAUGACCUUUGCCUUCGUAAAAAGCAGCCGUUCCGUUCUAGGCUCCUGGGCUCCGCGACGCCCAACACCCGCAGCGUGGAGAUGGUGUCCCUGGACGGGUCCAGGACGCUCGAGUCUUUCAGGUCCAGCCACGUCCUGAGGGGCGGCGCCAAGACCAGGUGCCCCGCGUGCCAGGCCAGGAGGAGUACCCAGACCAGCUCCCUCAGGAAUACCCCGAGGAUCUCCUUCUUCAACUCGGACUUCGGGGGACGCAAGCUCAGCAGGGACGAGUGCCAGGACCUCGAGUGCAAUUCCAAGGCCUUCCUCGACCACCUCCUGAAGGUGGAGGCCUCCUCGAGCACCGAAACCCCCUCGUCGUCGAGAUCGCACAGCCCGAAGGAAUCUAGGAAGCGGGAAAAGGAAGAAAACGUAAGGGAAGCGAGCGACGAUAGUAAUCACGAGUUCAAGGAAGACAAAGUCCUUCCCUCCGACGCCACUCGCGCCCCGCCGACCGCCACCCAGGAGCCAGAGCCACGGAGGCUCAGCCAGGGAGAGACCGCAGACCCAGCGCCCGAGGGAAAGACCGCAAUACCCGUCCCUCCAGCCAAGACACACAGAUACUCCACGACCUCCUCGGACUCGAACUCAGACGCGACCUCCCCCUCGAGCAGCGGCGAGACGAGGGACCAAACCGCCUCCUCUGCCUCGCCCUCGUCCACGGAAUCGAGCCUCAGCGACGUCGGCCGAGCAGAGGUCCUCAUCCGCCCCAAGAACGCCGACGUCUCCAGCGACCUCCUGGCGGAAGUCAACCGGGGAAUCUACGACAAGCACGCUUCGUGGGCGCCCUGGGUACCUGACCUCUACCCUACCAUUAGCGAAGACAAAUCCAUUAGCAAAACCAGCUCCAUUAGUGAAGACAAAUCCAUUAGCAAAACCAACUCCAUUAGUGAAGACAAAUCCAUUAGCAAAACCAACUCCAUUACCGAAGACAAUUUCAUUAGCGAAGACAAAUCCAUUAGCGAAACAGAAACGCAUGACCGAAACGGGGCACCGGAGAAUGUGCAUGAUGGGACUAACGAAUUGCAUGACGGCUGUAUAGAAGGCUAUGAUAAUUUGAGUUACGUGGACUAGUCUGAUCUGGCCUUUGCAUGACUAACCUGAUAAGCUAACGAGCGAGGGAAGGCCAGGAACAGGGCAGCGGUUGAGGAGCUGAAUGACAAGACGCUCAUGUCACAAGUGUCCCUGUCUGACGCAGCUGCCAUGCCCGAGUGUCAUGAGCUGCCGGAGGUCUUCGUCGACAAAUAAGGAACG